GAUCCAUCUUUGGUCGAUGCACAUAUCAAACGAACUUACAUCGGAGUUCUUGGUGUCACCAAGCCGAACGGAGACGCAGUGUGGCUCUUCCAUGAAACUUUCCUAAACAACUUCUUGGAGGAACAACGCUGUUUUCAAGUUCGAAGGAGUCAGACCACCAUAAAGGUGAGAUCUGUAAGUUUAAUUGACGACAUGACGUCUCAACCGCAGGCUGGCUAGUGGAACAAUGAUCUAGAGUUUGAUAACGUGCAUAUAAGCCGAAGAUGAAGUCGGCUUCGAUGACCAUAGUGCCGACGAAAACCUCCUUGACCGCGAGUAUGUUCCUGUUCUCUUCUCGACAACUUCUAUAGAGAAUGGUGGACUCAUACCGGUUAGUCAAGUGGACAACAGUUCUAACAUCACAGGUCAGAGCCGGACAUAUACUGGAAGCGAAACAGAUAUUUGAUGGAGUCCCACAAAGAGACAUGAUUUUCCAGGACAUGCCCGAGCACAGCAUCUCUUCCUGGACUUCGAUGAUACUUGGAUAUGCCCAGAGAGGGUACGUAACAAAUGCCAGGCGAGUUUUCGACGAGAUGCCUCAGCACGAUCUUAUCUCGUGGACUUCUAUGCUCAGUGCCUAUUCUCAAGCGGGAGAAACCGAGUCGGCUGUGGAGAUCUUCCAGAGAAUGCCGGAGAGGAACCAAGUCUCGUGGAAUUCGAUGCUAGCUUUAUAUGCACAGGGUGGGGACCUUGAGAAAGCCAAGCAGGUGUUCGAUGACAUGCCAGAGAAGAACUUCUACGUAUCGACGACGAUGCUUUGCGCAUAUGCUCGCAGCGGGUAUUUGCAUCAAGCCAGGGACUUACUGGAUGGAAUGCCACAGGUGGAUCUAGUAACUUGGAACUCGAUUCUAUCGGCUUACGCUAAGCAGGGCCGGGUCCAGGAAGCUCAAGAGUUCGUCGAGAGGAUGCCACUGAAGAACCUGGUAACUCUCAACUCCUUGCUCUCGGCAUACUCUCAAGCUGGACGAUUCGAAGAGGCUAGAAAGCUGUUUGAAGAAGGGAUGCCGUGCUGGAAUAUGGUAUCGUGGAACAUCAUGCUCCGUGCUUAUGCCGAGAGAGAGCUCACGGUUGCUACCAAGAGGAUCUUCGAUCGAAUGCCACAGCGGGGUUUAGUCUCGUGGACGUGUAUGCUCGAGGCUUUUGCUCGGUGUGGGCACCUGGAGGAGGCCAAGCAGAUCUUUGACACCAUGCCCGAGAGAGCUAUAGCUUCCUGGAACUCGCUAAUGCUGGGAUAUGCCCAGAGAGGGUAUAUCGACGAGGCAAAGGAGGUGUUUCGUGGAGUACCCGAGAAAGAUCUGGUGCUUUGGAACUCCAUGCUCUGGACUCUACACAGGAGCCUGGAAGAAGCUAAGGUUUUGUUCGAUGCGAUGCCUUGCCGGGAUCUUUUCAGCUGGAGCACGAUGGUGGCAGCUUAUGCGUCUAGAGGGAUCAUAGAUUACGCGAAGAAGCUGUUUGAUAGACAGCCAGAAAGAGAUGGUGUCUCGUGGAGCGCGCUCCUGUGUGGUUAUUGUAUCAGGGAGGAAUUUUGUAGAGUUUUCGAGUUGUUUGGCUUGCUGGGGAUGGCUAACGCUCCAGAGGAGGUGUGUUUUGUGGCCGUGUUGAGUGCUUGUAGCCAUGAUGGUAUGGUUUAUACUGGGAGGAGUCACUUCAUGAGUUUGAUGUUUGAUUUUGAUAUGAAGCCCACAAAGCAACACUACUGGUGUAUGGUUGAUAUGCUUGGCAGGGCUGGAUAUAUAGUUGAUGCCCACGAGUUGGUCAACAAUAUGCCAUUCUUAUGAUAUCAGCGAAAAUAAUUUUAAAUAACUAAUUAAGUAUACAUACACACACACAUGCCACUUUGCACUGCAAGACGUUAGUUUAUUAUACGAUAACUGAUGUGAGCAGAAGCUAGGGUUGGCUUGGAGAAAAUGUGAUUGUGGGGAAGUUUUUGUAUGUUAGAGGACGAGGAGGAAGUGGGGACCUAUUAUGUGCUGAUGGGUUGGCACAUUUUGCGCGAAACCAUAGCAUGAACUAGUUAGAAAACAAAAUGCUACAACUAGAGUGUCAUUUAUUGUACCUACCAUUUAUGAUAGUAAUGAGGAAAUGAAUAAAAUUAUGCUAA